UUGCCAGUCAUGGGUAACGCAGGCGAACCCUUGAGCCCGUUGUGCCGGUGGUACAUCUACGCCCUCCACGGCUACCUCGCAGAGAUUGGCUUCACAGCCACGUGCAACCUCCUCGCGCACUGGGACUGGAGAUUACUGGGGGUCGCCAGCGUCUGGGUCCUGUUCAUCUACGGCACUUUCGGCAUGAUCUUGGAACACCUCUACCUCCGUCUGCGGUGCCGGUGUAACCUCGUGGUCCGGGGCUUCCUCUACACCCUUUGCAUCUACGCUUGGGAGUUCUGCAUUGGCUACAUCCUGCGCUGCUUCAACGCCUGCCCCUGGGACUACAGCGGCUACCGUCACAACUUCAUGGGUCUCAUCACCCUGGAGUAUUGCCCCUUGUGGUUUGUCGGGUCCCUCUUGCUGGAGAGGGUGGUGGUCCACACGCUCCGCCUCCGGCUGGAUGAGACCUGGGAGCCCAAAGAGUAUCCCUCGCCCAAUUCUGAACAGAAACGUCUGUGGAAGGAGGAGUAGAGGGAGGGGGGUGACCUGCCGCCGCCCCUCAAACGCACUCUGCAGUUGGCAAGUCUUCCCUUUCUUUGGAUCAAUUCUCUCCCUCUUUUCUCCCUCUUCAGAAGGUGAGAGGAUAGUGCGGGAAACACCUUCCCGUUUUGUCGAGCCAAUGCGGGGAUAGGGGCCU